CCCCAGUUUUCACACAAUAAAGGAGCUGAAGAGCACAAGUACUCUGAGGGAUACCACCUGCCCAAGGGAGAGAAAGCUACCAGCAUGUUCAAGACCAGCUACCUGCGCAAGGAGGUGCGCAAGGAAAAGUACGAGCGAUCUGAUGUCUUUCACGAAGAACCCGAGGACUCGGCGGGCAUCUCGGCCAUCCUGGGCUGGGAGAACCUCCAGGAGCUCAACAGCCGCUUCGCCCGCUACAUCAACCGGGCUCGGGUCCUGGAGCAGCGAAACGCCGUGUUCCGCAAGCAGCUGGAGACACUGCAGCGCAUGGAGGAGGCCAGCGGCCUGGAGGAGACGUUCAAGGAGCAGAUUGAAGUCAACAAGCAGCGAAUCCGAGAGCUUACAGCUGACCACGGCAAGCUGGAGAGAGAGCUGAGGGACGCCUGCCGCAUGUUGGAUGAGUUCACCAGCAAAUACAGAAAUGAAUGUGAUUAUCAAGAGCAACUACGGGGCACACUGGAACAGCUAAACAAGGAAGCCGACACUGCCCUGUUGAAAAAUUUGGAGUAUCAGAUCCAGUCACAGUUCCUGCAGGACGACAUAAAUUCUACCAGAGAGAGACACAGGAAGAACCUUGCAGAGAUCCAGACCUACGUAAACAUUUUGCAGCAAAUCAAUCAGACGCUUCCACUUGCUCCCACCGUGUCCGUUGGCAUCUCCGAGGAGCAGGAGAAGCUGCUUGUACAGACCAGGUUGCCCGCCCUGCAGAAUCAACUAGAGGAGUACAAGGGCGCCCUCUGCCAGCUGCAGGCCCAAAAACAACGUCUGCAGGCCGAGGCGGCGAUGUUGGAGCAAGCCAUUAGGGGCACCCAGGAGAAUUUCGACGACGAGAUCCAGCUGUACAACGAGCAAAUCGAAUCGCUACGCAAGGAGAUUGAGGAAGCCGAGAGGGCCCUGGAGAGGUUCACCAGCGAGUGUCGCCACCUUGCCAUGUACCAGACGUCUCUGGAGAAUGAGCUGGACAGGUAUAAGAGGAUCAUCGAGAAUGAGGACAACAGGUUGAGUUCGGCAAUAAUCGGCACACCAGUCACCCUGUUUACUACCAGUUUCCACUACACCCACCCCACCCCUGCCUCAAACAGGGGCAGAGAUAUCACUCUUGCCAUCCAAGAUAUCACCAACAUAAAACCUCGUCAGAAGAUGGCAAAGAAAGUCCAGAAGAAGAAGGAGCUCACCCCUAGAGACGUGAUUGACAACGGUCAGGAGGAUCAAAACGGAGGGGCCGCCGGGGGAGUGGCUCCAGACGACGACCCGAAGGGCCCGUCCUCGGUAGACAUGCAGGAGGAAAACGUGAGGAGGACUGAGGAGAGGCCCGUAUUCUCCGGGGUGUCUCCACAAGACGUCCCGGACGGAGCGCAGAUCAGUAAGGCAUUCGACACACUUUGUAACAUUGUCAGAGAUCGAAUGAAGAAGUACAAGAAGCCGGAGCCCAUCGCUGACUUCUACACGAAAGGUCGUUACAUCCUCGUCACCGGCGAAGGAAGCUACCCAGAUCCAUGCUUCUGCACUUCCACACCAUCCACCGGACACAUUGUCGUCACGAUCGAAGAUCAACUUCUUGAACGCAUCGUACCUUCGCCUCAACCACCUCAGCCCAUGCCAGAGCCCAGACCUGGAAUUCCCACCCCUCCUUUUAAUGUUGCUGGAGGUGAGGAAGAUAAUAAGGGUGGAAAAGGAAAGGAUAACAAUGGUAAGGUUAAGAAGGAAGAGCCCGAACCUCAACCCAAAGAUCCAGGCCCAGUCCAGCCUUUCUCUGGUCCCAAAGAUCCAACCCCAGCAGAGGAUUCUGCCAGUCCAAAGAAAAACAAGGAUGACAAUGGGCCAAGCGGGACAACUCCCAAAUCCAUGCCCCGCACCGCCAGCACCAGUUCCAGUUCUAGCAGCAGCACCAGCAUCAGCACUAGCUCCAGCUCCAGUAGCUUCACCCCAGACGCCAUGAGCUAUGAAAAGGUGGUGCUGGAAUCUGUGGAGAAGUUUUCCAAUGGGCGCAAACUUAAAGGUUACGAAGAGACUUCAAUGGUGGUGGAAACCACGAUCGAAAAGUCCAGCAAGAAGAAACAUUAGAACAAACCUCAACAACCAACCACACAUUGCUGCUCUCAUAUUCCAGGCUCCUCCUUCUACUUGCAGUCUUGGGUUCUGUGUCCAGUGUUGUGACCAGACAGCCAUGCUCAUGCUUUAGUCCUUUACUGUCUGAAAACUUGGGACGCAAAAACGAACAAAUAAAAUAAAGCUCUGUGCCACCUUUAAAAAUGAAUAAAUCAAUGAGAAGAAGUAUUCAACGAUGAAGUUGUGCUACCCUUCUGUCUUCCAACCACAAUUUCCCCCUCUUGAACGCAUUUGUACAAUUGGAUGCCAACG